AUGGUCAUGAUCUUUGAUUCUUUGCACGAGUGCACGAAUAUGGACUACGACCGCAUCAACCAGCUCGUCGCCUUCUUUGAUCAAGCACUUCGGCAGGAUAGUAGUGGUCGCCUCCAAAUCUUGGUUACCAGUCGCCCCUAUGUCCACAUCCAAGCCGCUAUAAACAGCUUGAAAAGCCCACUUCUCCCCCUGAAAAUGGAAGACUUCGACCCUAAAGAAGAUAUCGAACUUUUCCUUAGAUCCUCUCUGCUUGAAAUCAACCAGGCCCAUCCACCCCUCUCCUUUCAGCCAUGGCCAUCCGAUGUCGAGUUCAGGCUGUUGGUGGACAAGGUUGCUCACCGUUUCAUCGUCGCUGCUACGGUCAUACGGCUACUCCGCCAGAAGGACCCGGCGGAGCGCCCCUCCUUCUUAGAUUCCCUCCUACAGAAACAGGACCUGAAUAAUAUCGAUGAGUUAUACCACCAUGUCAUCUCCUCAUCAUCCCACAGCGCUGAAGCGGCGCCACUCCUCGCCCUCGUUCUCAAUUUAUCUUCGCCCCUUUCCGUGAAUGACAUCUCCCGGUUGGUGGAGUACGAUGUUCGACCUAUUCUUGACUCCGUAGCAUCCAUCAUUUCUGUCCCAGGAAUAGAUUCAUCGUGCGAGCCCGUUGCAGCCUAUCACACGACCCUUCGCGACUUUUUAUCAAACCAGAAACGAUCAAGAGGGCUGUACUCAGACCCCGCGGCAGUUCACUGCCGGCUGGCGUCUGCAUGCUUGGAUCUGAUGAAUCGCUUGCUUCACAAGGACAUAUGCCGCCUCGGCGAUUCCUCCCGUUUGCAUUCUGACAUCCAGGAUUUUGGCGUCAGACGAGACGCGGCCGUAUCUCCGGCGCUUCGAUAUGCUGCACUUCAUUGGAUGCAUCAUUUUUGCCAGGCAUCGCGUCAUGACGGAACGCAGCAACUUCUCCUUUCCUUCGUCCAAGAGCAUCUACUUCAUUGGAUUGAAGCCCUAUCCGUACUAGCAGCCCUGUACACCUGCACUCUCUCGCUCUCUGAAGUGAUUCAAACUGUGAUGAUAGACCAAUCCUGGAGAGCGCCAUACGCCCAAGCGACCACCAUCUCCCUACUUUACGACGCGUACCGCCUGAUUCACGAGUUCAUGGAGCCAAUCAAACUAUCUUCUCUUCACGUCUACGAUACGGCGCUCGCUUUAUGUCCCGUGGACAUUCAACUUCGUCAAGUUUAUCAGAAGGACGUCAAAAAUGCGAACACAUUCUUGAUAGAUGGACUAUCUAGAAAAUGGAGCUGCGUUCUCCGGACGAUCGACUUCCCGAACGGAGUCGUACGCUGUCUUUCGCAUGACGGGCGCUUGGCAGCAGUGGAGCGGCCAGGCUUGGGACACGCAGACAACGUUAUCGAGCUGUGGGACAUCGUUGCUGGAGGCAUGAUAUCCUACCAACACGUACCCAACUCAUCCUUCCCUGUCCGUUACGCCUUCUCACGCGACUGUUCUUGUCUCGUCUACCACUCCUCUACGUGGCACUGCGUAAAGCUCUGGCUUCUCUCAGCUCGUGAUGUUGUCUCUGUUGAGGCACCAAGUGCAUCAUCCGUGGCCAUUUCAUCUGACGGUCGCACACUUGCGUGGCACAGUGAAGAUAGCCGAUCUCUGACUGUUGCAUCGAGAGAUGCUGUUCGCCCAGAUUUCACUCUCCCAACAUUCGAGAGGCAGCUUUCGAUCUCGGAGGCACCCAUGUCCGCGAGGUUUCGCCUAUCUUUCUCACCAUCGGGCCGCCGGCUCCUUGGACACGAUGGUACCAAAAUUCGGGUCUGGAGCACCAGUACCGGAGAGCUAAUUUGGCGAGACAGCGGCGAUGAAAGGGAUUACUACACUGCCACCGAGGACGAGAAGUACAUCAUCCGUUUGAGGCAAAAUCAGGCGACAGACAGCAACGUUUCUGAGAAGCUGGAGUGGCAGUUCUCCCCCGUCGACGAGAAGGAGAUAUCCCUUAGUGACCCGAGGAGCCAUAAGCUAGACCAUUUGAAGAGUCGCAGCGUUCAGCGGCUGAAGAAUAUCGUAAAAGAAGAGAUUAGACACGUCAAGCCUCCGUCAUACUAUAAGAUUGAGCGGUUCCCUGGGAAGGCCCUAGUCAAGAUUGACAGCGUGUGGUAUGCGCUGCGUCAAACGGGCGAAGAUGCAGGAAUAAUUACCGUAAAAAGUACGGAUUUUCUCCCUUUCAUCACCCCCGAGGGCAGUUUGGAGAUCAUCGACCCUUCGCUAUCAUCUCCUCUCCCACCAACACAUCACAACGCAUCGUCUAACUCGCAACUUCCCGCCAGGAAGGUCCUGCCUGACUGCAACGAACACACGCUUGUUAUGUACCAGUGCUGCGGAACGGGCAGGAAAGUGAACGUUACCAUCCGAACCGAAGAUGUCCGAUUACCAUAUUCUGACCCGGUCAGACUCCCAUCAAAGUGGCACAAAUCCAUUGUCUGCUCUCCAGACGGACGAUUUCUCGCGAACCGAUCAGACAAAUCUAUCAGCGUCUUUCGUGCACAUCCUUCACAGCAGCACAUUUUUACCGCAAACAUUGGCAUACACCUCGCCAAAUACAGCUUCUCCCCCAGGUCCACUUACUUCGUGCUAUUCGUCUCUGAGACUGGCGUGGCGCCGAGAGUCAGGCUGUGGCAGCUUGAUGGCGGAAUGGAGCUUGAACCAAUAGUGCUCGAUCCAGAGGCCGAGGUGAACCGAGAAGAGGAUCUUCAAGUCGCAUUCUCUCAUGACGAGAGUAAACUUGCGCUCGCUCGCUUCGUUAAGCUAGAGCCCAGUCAGCCCUUUGAAACCGAAGUGUCCAUCUAUCGACUUGACUCGGAUCAUCUCCCAGUAAAAGUAUGCCAGUUUAUUGCCCGCCUAUCUUUAGGCUUUGGAAAAAAUCUGGCCUUUGGAGACCAAGGCCGCCUGUCAAUCGCUGCACACUCUAUCUUAUCUAGCUAUAAUCAAGAAGCAAGAUCUACAUCAUAUCGCAUCGUUCAAGAAAUAGCCGAAUAUCUUAACAAACCACCAUCCAAGUUUCACCGCACUUCCUAUGAGAUGGAUCCUUCUUUCGAGGCGCGAGAAGUGAAGAUAUCUCCGUCCCUCAAUCAGCUAGUCGUCAGAGGUUUCCACCGAUCCAUUAACGACUACACGAUUUUAUUCUUGCAGUCACAAGCUGUCGAGCGUAGUCGGCGCCGACUGGAGCUUAUUCGACAAGACACCGGUGACACGCUCUACGAUACUGUCACCUGGUCUUCAAUUCGGCUACACUCUGAUGGCUGGCUUUGGAAUGGCUCACGCCAGCUCCGGGCGACGAAACUCUCGGCCAGUACGCGCAGACAGAUUACAUCCGCAAGUUGGGAGAUAAUAUUGUUAUAG